UUAAAUAUGAGCAAAAUUGUUCCACUUCCGAUUAAAUCAAGUGCUAUCGUCAUCAAGGAAUUUGAGGAUGACAUCAGGCCUGUAUGAUAAUAUCAUUAGGUUUAGAGUGACCCUAUUAAGGCUAAUGAAUAUAUACAUUAAAACAUGUUUUACAAAUAAGAUGAAAAUGGUUAACUAACUCCUUACGAGUUCACAGUAGGAUUAGAUGAGUUUAAAAAACAUGGUUUAGGUUUAUAUUUGUACUUUAAAUUUUUGGAAUAUGCUAUUUAUGUUUUCUUUGUAAUGAGUAUAUUAGCUAGUGUAAUAUGUUAUUUUAACUCAACAGGAAAUGGGUUAGAUGCCUGGAAGAACCUCAAUAUAUUAUAAGUAAUAUCAAUAUUUAUAGUUAGAAAUUAAGUAUUGGAAACUAAAAGAAAAUUGAAAGUAGCAGCGGAACUACUUAUAGUACAUCAGAUAUUUAAUAAUUUUAUGAUGAUUCAUAAACUUAACUUUCCACUUUAACAUGGUUAGAUUUCAGUUACACAUUAAUAUUCAUUCUGUUUUAUUUAGUAUUUUCGUAUUGGUCUAAUAGAGAAAUUAGUGAUUCUUUAAUAAAAGAAAAAGUUCCAGCAAGUUUUUCAAUAGGAGUAUAGAAAUUAUAAUAAAUUAAUAGAUAAAAGGUCUAAGGGAAGAUGAAAGAGACCCUAAGAAUUUAAAAAGUUUUAUAGAAGACUUAGGAUUUAAAAUAAAAGAAGUGAAAUUUGCUAAAAAUUAUUCGAAUACUUUAUUACUUCAUAAAUAAGAAGCCGAAUUAAAAGUUAAAAUAAAAGCAGAGGAAAUAAAAGAAUAAUAUCCAGAGUAAGAAUAAUAAUUAAAUUCAGGUAUGAUCCAAAAAUGAAAUAAUAAUAUUUGAAAGAACUUUAAGAGAUAUAAGGUGAAAGAGAAAGGAUUAUAAAUAAUAAUAUAGGUAAAAGAUUGAAACAUGAUGAAUAUCCUACCUUGAUGGCAUUUGUGAUAUUCUAAAGAAUUGGAGAUAAAAAUUUAUUUAUAAAAGAAUACUAAGCAAAUACAAAUUUGGGUUUAUUUUAAAGUUUUUGUUGUGGUAAAAAAGUAGAUGAAAAAUAUUUGUAUAAAGGGAAUAUUUUAAAAAUAAUUCCUUAAGUAGAUAAUCCAAGUAAUAUAAAUUGGGAAAACCUUGAAGUUUCUUCAUCAAAUAGAUUCUUAAGAUAAAUAAUAGUUGGUUUGGCAGUAUUUUGUUUGAUGAUUAUAACAUUUUUUAUUGUCUUUGCAAUAAAUGUUGUAAGUAAAUACAGCCCAGAAGAUUGUGAAAUAAGAGAUUAUACAUAUGAAAAUACUUAGAAAUGGAUAAAUUAAGCAUCAACAGCAAGUGACAAAUCCUAAAUAUAAUAAUGUUUUUGUAUGAAUUUAAGUUUAACAACUUUAUAUGCGGAUUAUUUUGAUUACUGUUAUGAUAUAAUCUAUUAGUAUACUGGUAUAUAAGCAUUAUAAAUUGCAUCUGCAUUUGUUAUUUUAAUAGUGAAUAGUUUAUUGUAGUUAUUAAUAAAAAGUAUUGUAAAAUUUGAAAGAUAUUAGAGUUUAAGCAAAAAGUUAUCAGGAACUUUGACUAAACUUUUUAUAUCCUUAUUUGUUAAUACUGCUUUAAUAACAUUAAUUUUGAAAGCAAAUAUAUAUGGAUUUCAAUUAUCUUAUUAUUUAAGUUCACCUAUUCCACCUUUACAAUAAGCAUAAUAAAAAGAAGUUUUCCCUUCAGAUUUUAAUAGAGAAUGGUAUGCAGUAGUAGGAGCAGCUUAUGUAAAUACUUGGAUUAUAAAUAUAUUUUCUCCAUAUUUUAUUGAUUUUGUACUUUAUCCAAUAAAAAAUUGGUUGAGAAAGAGAGAAGCAGCUGGUGCAAAAAUAUAGAGAGAUUUGAAUAGAUUAUCUGUUGGACCAGAAUUUAAUCUCGAUUUAUACUAUGCAAAUUUGCUUAACACUAUAUUUGUUACUUUAUUUUACUGUUCUCUAAUUCCUUUAAUGUUACCAUUAGGAUUUUUAGCUUUAUUAAUGCAUUUUUUAGUAUAGAAGUAUUUACUUCUUAAAUACUAUCGUAAACCACCUUCAUAUGAUGAAGCAAUACAUGAUUCAGUAUUUACAUUACUUCCAUAUUCUAUUAUUAUGCAUAUUUUAAUAGCAAUAUGGUCUUAUGGUCAUCCUUACAUAUUUCCUUCAUCAUCUGAUUCUCUAGUAGAUAAUGGGGGAUUUUUAGAUGUUUCUAAAGAUUCAGUUUGGAUUAGAAUACUAAACUCACAAUAAAUAUCAAUUUUAGGUGCUGUAUUCCUUAUAAUUCUAAUUAUUAAAUACUUCUUAAUUAAUCCAUUGUAAUAUUUAUUUAAAAUAUGUUGUGAUUCAGGACCUAUGGUAUUUUAUUAAUUAUAUAAAAGGUCGUUGAUUUUGUUUAAGAGGAAACUUAUGAUUAAAUUUAUGAACAAUUAUCAUCUAUAUAAUUGGCUACUUAUGAAAUUAGAGAUAAUGAAAAUUAUAAAGAUUUAGUCAGGUCUUUAGAUUAAGAUCAGAGAUCCCUUUCUCAGAAAAAUAAUUAAGAAGAAAGGGUACCACUUCAAGAUUUAUGA